UCCCGCUUCUCCACCCGGCCGGAAUUCCGGCCCUGCCGCUCCCUCCAGGCUCAGUUUUUGGGGGGCACCAUGAUCAUCGUCAUCGGCGGCAUCAUCGUGGCCUCGGUGCUGGUUUUCAUCUUCAUCCUGCUGAUGAAGUACAAGAUCCACAACAACCACCCCAAAUCCAAGGGGAAAUCCAACGUGUGCUCCCAGACCAACGGGUCCCAGAGCGGGUCCAUGGGGAGGUCCAGCUCCAAGCUGGGGGAGA